AGUAACCAAGCACAUGUUGUCCUGACUGACUGGGUCAGUUAGGAUAAGAUGUGACCUCUAUUUGGGUAGAUAGCUGGCUUUGAACAAAACAAAACACCACCAGCAAUCCUAGCAGCAAGUCAUUGUGUCCAGUUGAGUGGCUGGAGUAGGCAGGCCAGACUAUUAUAGUGCCCUGGAAUGUAGUGGUAGUGUAAAUGGGACCAUCACAAUCAUUUUUAUCUGAUUUGUCAGUUUGAUCUAGCUUUAAGUUCUCAAACCCUAACUGGAGAUGUGAACACUUUAUUUCAAUCAGCACCAUUACUUGGCUAGUUGCUGGACAGACAUUAGAGUAGUAUCUUAUUUCUGUCAUAAUGGUCAAUGUUCUGGCCUGAAAUAAAUCACUUAAGUUAUAAUGGAUUAUUAGAUAUACUGGACAUCAGUUGUCCUCAUUUUCUAAUGGUCAUUUCUGGCCUAAAUCAAACCACUACAGUUUGGAUUGUUUCACUGGGCAAACAUUGUCUUGAUAGUGCUUUUCCUUUCAUGAUGGGUCAGUAAAGGAUAUUUUUUAAAAACUAAACAAUCUUUAAAAUUUUGAUAGAUAAUCUGAGGGUUUUUUCUUUGUCUAAAAUGGUCACUGUUAAGCCUGUUUGAAAACGAAAUCACUAAAAUUUGAUGGAUGUUUACAUGGAAUCAUGAGGCCGGCAAAUACUGACUGCUGAAACUUUACAAAUGUCCAUCAUCUGAGCAACUGUGAAAUUGUGCUUCUUGAUAUAUGCAACAUGCUGUGCAAUGACCUUGAUGACAUACCAGAUUUAAAUAAUGGUUCUGGUCAAAUUUCCACUGUGUCUACUACAACAUCAAAUAACAAGACAAAGGUACCUGAAAUGAAAAUCAAAGAAGAGCCACAACUGACCUCAAACCCAGCACAAAGUGCUAUGGAUUCUCAAACUUCAGCUGCCCAGCUCCAUCAAUGCCUGCCAUCAAUCCAGAGUGCAGGGACUUCUCUUCAACAGCAAACACCAUCUCAGCAACAACAACAGCAGUCCUCCCUCAUAUCAAUGCACUCUCCUGUUCAGCAGCCACAAACAAUGCAACAUAUGCAAUCACUGCAACAGUUUCCUCAACAGCAUCAGAUGCACUUGCAGCCAAUGCUGUCCCCUCAUCACCCAAUGCAUAUCAGCAAUGAUGUUGUCACUGUUCAUCAAGUCUCACCAAAUUCUCAACUUUCGCCGCCACAGCAGCAGCAAGCGCCACUGACUCCAUCACCUACCAUGCAGACCCCUCAAACUCUGCCAAGCCCGUCGUCUUCUUCCUCUUCAGACAUCAUAUCCAGUGAGCUGGUGCGGCAUAUUGCUGUGAUCCACCCAACACACAACAGACACCCCAACUUGCCUCCUCCUCCGCCACCACCUGCUCCACCCAUUGAACAGUUUCAGCAACAGAUGAACCUUGAAGACUUCAAAGAUUUCAGUAUGAUUCAACAACAACAACAACAACAACAACAACAACAACAAAAGCAGCAGCAACAACAACAAAAACCACAACAGCAGCAGCAGCAGCAACAACAACAGAAUCAGCAGCAGCAACAAAAUCAGCAAAAGCAGCAGCAGCAACAGCAACAACAAAAACAGCAGCAGCAACAGAAGCAGAGGUUUCAACAUAUGUACCACCACCACCAUCAUCACCACCAUCACCACCACCAUCAACAGCAGCAGCAGCAACUACAAGAUCAUUCUAGAAUUCAGAACCAAUUUGCUCAGUCCACUUCUUCUCCGGGUUCUCGUGAAAAUAACGGAUCAAUUUAUGAAACUCGGCACCACUUUGACAAUGGUGGUGCUGUUGGUGGUAUGGCCAACAAGCCACCACCUUCUCCACCACUGGCCCCUCGUAUUUAUAAACCUUGUGUUGUCUGUAAUGAUAAAUCAUCAGGAUAUCACUAUGGUGUCAGCUCCUGUGAAGGUUGUAAGGGCUUCUUCCGACGCAGUGUUCAGAAGAAUAUGCACUAUUCAUGUCUUAAAAUGAAAAACUGUGAAAUUGUACGAACCUCCCGCAACCGGUGCCAAUAUUGCCGUCUACAGAAAUGUUUCAAGAUGGGAAUGUCCAAAGAAGCUGUACGCAGUGAUCGGAACAAAAAGAAGAAAGCAAAACCAGCAAAUGGAACACAUUCCAUACACAUAGAGGAAUUGACUGAGAGUGAGAAAACUCUGUUGGAAGAUUUGGUUAGUUAUCAUCAGCAGACUUACAUCAAAACUAAGAAAAAUAAACAUAUAUAUUUAACAAUGUCAAAUAUGUCAGUGUCAAAAUUGGUGGAAGGCAAUGAGAUUUCAGCAAUAGAGAACAAACAUCAAGAUAAUGGCCAGAAGUUGGGAACAGAGAAUGGCUUGGGAGAAGAUGCUAGUAAACCUCAAGAAAAACAUACAAACUGCAAACUUUUCAAUAAUAAAGUGGAAAGUAUAAUAGAUUUUUCCAAUGAAGCAGCUUUGAAGAUUAUUGAGUUCUCCAAGAGAGUACCAGGAUUCAAAGAUUUAAACAUCAAAGAUCGUGUCACUCUUACCAAAUCUGCUUGCCUAGAAAUAAUGUAUUUACGUAUGUCACAUCGAUACGAUGCGGACCGAGACGUGAUAGCUUUUGAAGGCGAUGAUUAUCUAACUAGAGAGGAUUUCAAUGAAAUGGGGUUCAGUACAAUCACUAAUAGCAUCUUCAAAUUUGCUGCAGAUUUUAAAGAUUUAGGUCUUGAUGACAGAGAGCUGGCCACAUUGACAUAUGUGGUUUUGGUCAGUGGUGAUCGCUGUGAUUUGAAUGAACCAGAACGUGUAGAAGAGUUGCAAGGUCCAUUGCUUGAUUUGUUGAGGAAAUAUUCACGUUUAAAUCAUGAGCAUGAUCCUAAUGUCUUUCCAAAAACCCUUUUGAAAUUAACUUCACUUCGAUCAUUGAGUUUGCAGAGUGCCAUCCACAUCUUAAACAAUCAAAGUGUACACAACCUGAACUCACCUUUAAUUGUGGAAAUGCUUGACCGUGAAGAAAAUAUCAACUUGCCAUCUUAGAAAGUUCACAUGAAACCAUGUUUCACCUUGUUGACAGAAAAGAUAAACACCAUACAUGCAUAUCUAUACUAACAUAUACACACAUAUAUACAUCUGUACAUAUAUACAUACAUGCAUAAAUAUACAUAUACAAUACAUAUUUUUUCAUAAUAGUAGGUGUAUGAAAGUUUGGUCCAUGUCUGGAUUUAUAACAUUC